UAUUGUUGCCUCACCGGCUUCAUGAAGUAGCUAUUAAAGUUUCAGUUCGGCUUGCCUUGAAACAGACUGUUAACAUAAUGUGUUAAAGGCUAUUUUAAAGAAUAUGUGUAGGAGUUUGUUUGCACUAAGUUGUUUGGUUAGCCUGUACUGCCUGUAGCAAGCAUUACUCUUUCUCUGUAUGUAUAGGAUACUUCGUGGCAGUUUUUACUCUGCUUCGUGUUGGUUUUGUUUUGCUGUGUCGAGUCUUGCUGUGCAUAUUAGAGGUUCAGCAUUAGGUUGGGCUGGUCUGCCUGGCUGGUUUUUUAGCUGACAAUAAGCUGAAUAGGGCGAAACCACCAGACAGCCUGUGUGAAUAGCUGUAUUGUGGGCGCUGGCUGCUGUGUGAGUGAACCGUCUAGUUUCAAACCUAUAGGCCUCUUCCACAGAGGGGGUCCAGGUUACUCUGUGUUAUUGCGGUCCCAUUGGUUUCUGAGCUUUCAUUUUGACGAUACUCAUCCGUCGGGGAGGCUUUUCACCAUAGCUCUGUUCAGGCUGACACGGUGUGCUUCUGUGCUGAGGAGAAAAUUACCGGUUAAAGCGACCUGUCCUGUUGUUUAUGGUCGCGCAUUGCUGUCAGCCCGCAGUGCAAAAUUCUCAUCUUCUGUGCUGAAGAUGCCGCAGACAAAGAAAUCCAGAAUCACCCCAGCCUCGGUCCAAAGUGGAGCCACCGCAGAAGAUGCAGAGCAGGUGUCCCGGGAGCAGUGCCAGGCUGCAGGGGACGGAGGAGGAGGAGAGGACAAUGUUGGAGACAGCGAGAUCAUCAAGUCCCCCAGUGACCCCAAACAGUACAGAUAUAUUGUGCUAGACAACGGCCUGCGAGCUUUGCUCAUCUCAGACUACAGCAACCAAGCACCGUCUGAAGGCGACGACUCAGAUGAGGAAGACGAAGAAGAAGAGGAGGAGGACGAUGAAUCUGGAGAUGAAAUGGAGGAAGAGUUUGAGGAGGAAGAUGAUGACGAGGAGGGGGGCAGUGAUGGAGAAGAGGAUGGCGAUGAGGGGAAGAAGAAGAAAAGAUGUUCAGAGAAGCAGUCUGCAGCCGCUCUGUGUGUUGGAGUGGGAAGCUUCAGCGACCCAAAUGACCUCCCUGGCCUGGCUCACUUUCUGGAACACAUGGUGUUCAUGGGCAGUGAGAAGUACCCCUCCGAGAACGGCUUUGAUGCUUUCCUGAAGAAGCACGGUGGGAGCGACAACGCCUCCACCGACUGCGAGAGGACCAUCUUCCAGUUUGACGUCCAGAGGAAAAGCUUCAAAGAGGCUCUUGACAGGUGGGCUCAGUUCUUCAUCUGCCCUCUGAUGAUCCGUGAUGCCAUCGACAGGGAGGUGGAGGCCGUGGACAGCGAGUACCAGCUGGCUAAGCCGUCAGACUCCCACAGGAAGGAGAUGCUGUUCGGCAGUUUGGCCAAACCUGGACACCCUAUGGGCAAAUUCUGCUGGGGGAAUGCCCAGACGCUGAAGCAGGAGCCAAAGGAGAAGAAGAUCAAUGUCUAUAAGCGGCUGCGUGCUUUCUGGAAGAAACACUACUCUGCCCACUACAUGACUCUAGCUGUGCAGUCAAAAGAGACGCUGGACACUCUGGAGAAGUGGGUGAGAGAGAUCUUCAGCAAGGUGCCGAACAAUGCUUUGUCCAAGCCAGAUUUCUCUGACAUGCCUGAUCCUUUCGGCACAGCAGCCUUCAACAAGCUCUACAGAGUCGUCCCAGUCAGGAAAGUCCAUGCUUUGAAUAUCACCUGGGCGCUCCCCCCUCAGGAGAAAUACUACAGAGUGAAGCCUCUCCACUACAUCUCUUGGCUGAUUGGCCAUGAAGGCACAGGAAGCAUCCUCUCAGUGCUCAGGAAGAAGUGCUGGGCUCUGGAUUUAUAUGGAGGAAACAGUGAAACAGGCUUCGACCAGAACACCACCUACUCCAUCUUCUCCAUCUCCAUCACUCUCACUGAUGAGGGUUUCCAAAACUUCUACGAGGUGACUCACCUGGUGUUCCAGUACCUGAAGAUGCUGCAGACACUCGGACCACAGCAAAGGCAUUUACACACACAACAGUUAGCCCGCUUGCACACAGAGGUGUUUGUAUCGUUGUCAUGCACUAUGGUGAAGAUGCUGAUUCUUCAUUUGUUCUGUCUUCAGCUGCUGUUCCACCUGAUCAUUGACCACCUGGCUGAUUUCUGCGCCGCCCCCGAUGUCUUCAGCAUGUACAUGGAGCAGCUCAAGAAAGCCUACUUCAACAUCCUCAUUAAACCGGAGAAGCUCGGCAAAGAUGUGCGUUUGCUAAUCUUAGAAAACUCUCGCUGGUCCAUGGUGGAGAAGUAUCAGGCUCUAACAGCCGGUCUCACCAUCGAAGAGCUGAUGGAGUUCAGCCGUAGUUUAAAAUCGGAGCUGUACGCCGAGGGACUGGUGCAGGGCAACUUUAACAGCACUGAGUCGGAGCAGUUCCUGCAGUAUGUCACAGAUAAGCUGCAGUUCUCCAAGCUGCCAGCGGAGGUGCCGGUGAUGUUCAGAGUGGUGGAGCUCCCCAUGAAGCAGCACAUCUGUAAGGUCAAAUCUCUCAAUAAGGGAGACGCCAACUCUGAGAUCACCGUUUACUACCAGUCUGGCCUCAAGCACCUGAGGGAGCACACGCUGAUGGAGCUGCUGGUGAUGCACAUGGAGGAGCCCUGCUUUGACUUCCUCAGGACCAAAGAGACUCUCGGGUACCAUGUCUACCCGACCUGCAGGAACACCUCAGGUGUUCUGGGUUUCUCUGUCACCGUGGAAACACAAGCCACAAAGUUCAAUACGGAGCUGGUGGAGUCAAAGAUUGAAGAGUUUCUGGUUUCAUUUGGGGAGUUGCUCGAUGCGCUGACUGAGGAGGCCUUUAAAACGCAGGUGACCGCUUUAGUGAAGCUGAAGGAGUGUGAGGACACACACCUCGGGGAGGAGGUGGACAGGAACUGGGCCGAGGUGGUUACACAGCAGUUUGUCUUUGAUAGGCUCAACAGAGAGAUCGAAGCUCUGAAGCAGAUGACCAGGGUGGAGCUGGCGUCCUGGUUCAAAGAACAUCGAGGGGAAACUAGCCGCAAGCUCAGCGUGCAUGUGGUGGGAUUUGGUGCUGAAGAGAACGAUUCGGAUGGUGGUUGUAAGAAACAAGAGGGAAAGAAGGACAAAGAGGAUGAUGUGAGUGGCUCUACGUACGGCGAGGUGUCGAAGGUCACCUUCCUUCCUCCCUCGCCCAAGAUGGCGGGUACGGCUGCCAUCAUGGACAUCCCUGCUUUCACCGCAGGUCUGCCUCUCUUCCCCUACCACAAGAUACUGGAAUAAACUCUGCUCGGACUGUGAGACAGACAGAUGGCUGGGCUUCGCCACGUUCAGAGACUUAUUAGUGAUGCAGACACUUAAUAUGUGGAGGUGAAAGAAGGUUGAAACUCUGGACCGGGACUCUGGAGCCCAGCUGUAGUUUUUACCCACACUGUGUUUAGGCAAAAAGCCAAGAAGUGAUGGUGGUUUUCUUUUAGCUAAGUAAUAAUCUAUUCUGCUUUCUCAAACUCAAUUAUUUUAUAUCCUAAGACACCGAGUGUGUAGGGGCACUCUAUCUAUUUCUCCAUCCCACUCUGACGGAAAAUCUUUUCAAUCAAAUUUUCAUUUAUUCGGUUCUCUGAGCUCUGCUGCCAUUACAACUCAGAAUCCCUGUCUUAACUGCUGUUUGUGUAGAAUUCCUGACUGCGUCUAAUACCCUUUUUAAAAAGACAAAUCAACUGUGAAACUGCAGAAAUGCUGAGUCCUUUGAACUCCAGACGUGUGUGUUCGAGUGAUCAUGUUCUGGAUUUCAAGCUCUGCUGUGCCCUACUGUUAUAAGCUGACCUGAAUCAUGCCAUGGUAUAACAACUGCAAAGAGAAUAAAUCAAUGAGUGAUGAGUGAAUGAAUACAUUAGCACUACAGAAAACACUUGAAUCUAUCAA